AUGGUCGAAAAAUUCGGGAUUCGGGAUAUGCUUAAAAAGUACCGACUUAUAGUAAAAUAUGGCGUGCGCUUGGCGACCGAUCAGUGGGUGAGUGACAGGCAGACAGAUACUUUAUUAGAGGACCCUAUUGCUUACAGUAGCAAAUCCAUUAAGAAUCUAUUAUUAUUCUCGCUAUACAAUACCUACUUACUCUCCAUAGAGAUUUGGACAGAUAGAGGAGCGACCACUACUAGCAACUGGACUAGUCCAUUUUACUUGGCUUUAUUGAUCCGUAAGGACAAAAAUAUACUAUUAAUACUGGUUCCUACAAUACAUACGAAUUUACCGAAUUGCUGGAGGGUGAAGUGCUAUAGGAGGAGUAAAUACUCCGUUCCGUUCAUACCUCAAAUCACAUCAAUUACUAUUCAAAUAUACCCUCCCAUCGAAAUAACAACUACCAACCUCACCAAGUUACACUCUACCAGCAAAGCACCACCCCCAGAGUUGUACAUAUCCACACACCCAAGUAACUAUACUAUCCCAAAGAAGUAA